UCACGCGUCGAGCGCUGACACCGCUGCGCUGCUUUUGCAGUCCUACAGAUGUUCCGAUUAAAAUGAUUUUUGCGCGUUGUGUCGAGUGAAACGUCGAAGGGAGAAGCGAUAUCGAAAGCAGCCGCUGUGGCUGCGGUGGUUGUAAUGAACGACGACUACUGUUUAACAGUGUGUGUUUGUGUGUUUAACUUUAUUGUAGCUAGCUUGGCUAGCCAACUUUAGCCUGUUUUCGAGCGAACCGAAAGUUGAUUUUUGUCUGCGGCGGGUUGUGUCCAUUCAAAUCCUCAUUGCAGAAUCAGCUUGACCUUCUUCACCAUGGACUGAAGAUUCGGACUUCAGCCGUUCAUCAGGUUGCAUGUGGGUGUGUUGGGCCAGAGGUCACGUUCAACCUGAAACCUGACCUCCCAUGCUGAGGUAGCAGAUGGGGAACAUUUGCUGUCCCUCUACAAGUCCUUGUCCUAGUAGGGAGGAAACAGGCGUUCUCCUGAAUCAUAACUCAAAGACCACAGGGCCCACAGCUGUUGAGAGUGAUUUCCAGUCCAGUCCUGAAGCAGAUGAAAAGAUAAGGAAGCUGCCUGAUGAGGUCAGUUGGCAGAUUCCUCAGGUUGAAGACCCCAAGCCCAAUAACACUCAGGAGAAUGGACACCUGCAGAAGGAAAACAUACAGAAAACAGCACCGUCUCCUAAAAAGGAGGUGGACCUCAAGCAAAACCCAGCCACCAAAGCACAAGAUGAAACGAUAAAGGAUGAGCCUGCAACUGAACCUCUGAUAAGCACUUUAAACUCUCCACAGAAGGAUCACGCUGCAGCUGAUUGGGAGGUUUUUGUAGCAGAAAUUGUGAAGCCAAUAGAAGAAACAUCAGCACCAGUGCAGCAUGAGACACCAGCGCCAGUGCAGUACGAAACACCAGUGCAGCAUGAAUCGCCAGCACCAGUGCAGCACAAAGUCCCAGAGAGUGUCUUCGAAGCGGUCACCACAGAAAAGCCUUCCGACACUACGGCCGACGUAAAAGAGCACAUCGCACCACACACUACUCAAAAGAAUAAGAGAGAAGGCGGCUGUGACUCUGAAGUUCAUGUUGUCACCGCUGCAGCCGAGCCAUCAGGAGAGAUGCUGCAGUGUAAGAAAGUGUGUCUUGUGUCAAACAUAGGUUGUCAUGUGACAUCCACUGCUGCAGCCAGUCAGGACAUCAGCACAGUCUCCCCCAACCGUGCUGUGAACAAGACUUCAGGGUCGCCUUUAGUGUGCUGUGAGGUCAGUCCUGAGGAUAUAAAAAGCCAUGCACUCUCUGAGCCUUGUUCUGGACCUGAGCCCACGGGACUUGACCACAGUGCUGUGGUGCAAAACUAUGCCAACUCUGUCAGGGAGCCAUUGGCCACACCUCCACUGGAAUCCAGUGACAGCUCAAGUGCUACUCGUCAUGAAAAGCCAGACAUAAAGUUUACAACAGUUGAUUUGAAGGAGCUUGCAUCCUCUGAGAACGAGGUGCAAGAUACUGUGAAGACACCUGGGUUGGAAGUCCAGAACAGAGUCUGUGAUCCGAAAGAGGUGGAUGAUGAAAAGCAGGAGGAGGAGAAGAAGAAGAAUGCUCCUACAGAGACUGUGGAUGAUGCUGAAAUACAGGAAGAGGGGGAAGUACCUGUUGCACAAAAAGAAGUCGCCACUGAUGAAAGCUUGACAGAUAGUGAAGAAGACCUGUACAGAGGAGCUGACGAACUGCCAGCAUCACGAAUUAAGACGGGACCAGCGCACGUGUCAUCUCCACAGGUGGAGGACAGAUGCAGUUUGGCCACAGCAGUGGAUAUUCUAUCUUACAGUGAAAGGGAGUGGAAAGGAAAUACUGCUAAAAGUGCUCUCAUCAGAAAGGGUUACAAAGUAAUGUCCCAGACGUUUGGCAGCUUGAGGAGAGUGAGGGGAGACAACUACUGUGCCCUCAGAGCCACAUUGUUCCAGGUGCUCUGCCAUGCUACACAGGUACCAGCGUGGCUGCAGCAGGAAGACAUCACUCUGCUGCCUGAGGAACUGGAGGCUCAGGAAGGGCUGGUAAGUCAGUGGUUGUUUCCUGGAGAAUGCCGACAGGGGAACAGGAUAACAGACGCCACCCAGCAGCUGAAAGGCUACAUGGAACUUCUCCAAAAAAAGUGGCGAGCGGUGGCAGAUUGCUCCGGUGCUGUGGAGCGCCUGCAGCUGUGUGAGCGUUUGUUCCAGGGAGGAGAAGAGGAGCUGGGCUUACUGGAGGCGCUCAAGCUCCUGAUGCUGGGACGAGCCGUGGAGCUGCACGGUCACAUGCACGGCGGAGUAGAGGUCCCGCUCUUCUCCUGGCUCCUGUUCGCACGGGACUCUUCGGACUGUCCGCGCUCCUUCCUGUCCAACCACUUGAGCCACAUGGGACUCAGCGCCGGGCUGGAGCAGGUAGAGAUGUUCCUGCUGGGCUACGCCUUGCAGUGCACCAUCCAAGUUUACAGACUGUACAUGGCGGACACAGAAGAGUUUGUGACGUAUUACCCCGACGACCAUAAAGGCGACUGGCCGUCCGUGUCCCUCGUCACAGAGGACGAUCGACACUACAACGUCCCGGUGGUGAGGGAGACCUCCAGCUGAGUGCAGAGGAUCUUCUGAUAAACACCAAUGCUCCUCAGGUCCAAAAAGUCAUUUACACCAAUUAAUAAUAUGCUUAUUUAAAAAAAAA